AUGCGCCAAAAAAGGGGCGCGCGGAAGGGGUGCAAAGGGAUGGUGCGCCAGAAGAGCCAGAAAAGGGGUGCGCAAAAAGGGGUGCAAAAGGAGCGCAUAAAAGGGGCGCGCAAAAGGGGUGUGCAGAAAGGGGCGCGCAAAAAGGAUGCCCCAAAAAAGGGGCGCGCAAAAAGGGGUGCGCACAUCAAGAAGCACGUAGAAAGGGGGUGCGCAGAAACGGGGCGCGCAAAAGGGGUGCGCCAUGAAAAAAAGAUAAGAAUCUCCGAAGAGCCCCAGAAAGAAGGCCACUGCCUGAAGAGCCCAAGAAGAAGGCCACCGCCAAUUCGGUACACAGUUUCUGAAAAGUAA